CUAUCAAACCCUAAUAAUUAUCCCUAAUUUCCGCUCUAACAUAUAACGAAGGAUUUCACAAUCGGAAUCCUUCAUUUUCAUCUCCUCAAUCGAAGAAUUUAGGUCUUCACAGUACCGGAAACAAUGGCAUCGCGGAGAUUCUUCGCGUUCCUCCUCUUGAUUUCUUCUCGGAUUUUCUUCGGAUUUUCUCAACAUCUCGGCAACUUCUUCAAAGGAAUGGACUCGGACUUAAUUCCGCCGUGUAUGCAGAAGAUUCUUCCAUGUCAACCGUUCAUCAAGUUGCCAGAAAAUCCGUUGCCGGUGUGCUGUUUGCCGUUAAAGGAGAUGCUGGCCGGCGAUCUUCCGUGCCUCUGCUCUUUCUUUAACAAUGCGGAAAUGUUGAAGUCUCUGAAUGUUACGCAGAGCCAAGCCUUGAAGCUUCCAAAGGCUUGCGGUGCCGCCGAUGUUGAUAUUUCUGCCUGCAACCACCAUGCCGGCCCGCCAUCGACCGGUUCAACGGAUGCACCUCCUUCUCCUCCAGCCCCUAAAACUUCCGAUGGUUCUUCUCCCAGCAAACCAGACAGCUCAAGCAGGAGUAACAAUCCAACUUAUGGCAUUGACUAUGGCUUUGCGGCUGCUUCCUCAUUUGUGGCUUUGUUGCUUUCAGCAUUAUAGGUUUUCCUUUUGAUUUUAAUUUAGUUAGUCUUUCUUUAUUUCUAAUUAGAGCUUACUUUUUGUUAAGUCCGUUCUAAUUUCCUAAGAGAAAAUUUCAUUUUGUUACACAUGACUUGAUUUUUAUUACUUCCUCCUUUGUUUA